AUGGUUGACUCAUUAGCCGUGAAAAAAACCUACAUAUUUGCAGGUAUGGUCUCAAGUACCGAUAAAUAUAUUGUAAAGGUAAACCCCAAUGAUGGUAAGGUGAUUAAAGCACUAAAGUUUCCACAUCUUGGAAUCUUUUAUAGAUAAUUUGGAAUGGCGAUUGAUGCUAAUAAUGAUGUUUAUACACUUUAAAAUGACUAUACAUCCUCAUCGUAGUACUCUAAAAUUCUAAAAAUUAAUAAUGCGUUGGAUGCAUUUCAAUGGAGAAUUUAGCCAGAUUUAUUCACUAAUGUAUUUCACCUAUAAGAAAUAUUUAAUGGUAACUUAAUCAUGGCAGGUGGUAACGAAUAUUACAGUGUGUCUUAUUUUUACAUUAAAUUCUACAAUCUGGACGGAACAAAGCAAGUUCAUUAUUAAUACGAGCCUUCCAUUGGAUAGAGUUCUCCAAUACUUCAAGGAGCUGGCUUGGAAAAUGUUGUUUAUAGUAGCUCAGAUUAAACUCUGAUUGCAUGCUAUCGCAAUUCUUAAGCAGUUUUUUAAUAUUUUAUUGGUUACAUUAUUCAAGAAACUUCUGCUGCUUACAAUCUUCAUUCAUCAGACAAUUCUGAAAAUAUGUAUUGUGCUGACAUACAUCCAAAAGGAAAUAAAAGCUAUACUGUUUAUGAAAAAUUUUAGAAAAAUUCAAUAUCUUACUUUACCACAUCUGAUUUGAUUUCAAGGCUCUAUGUUUUCGGUGAUGCCACAAUAAAUAAUAUACCAUCAAGCUAUAUAUUUAAAAUGAGAUAAUAAGAAUAUUGCUAUACUAUUUACUAAUAAGAUACUAGUAAUACAGUAUUCACUCUUGAACACUAAUUUUAUCAAGAAUUGAAGACAGUUCCAACUACUACUCCAGCUCCAACUGCUCCAGUUGUAACCACAACCACAACUCCAUAGCCAAACAAUGGAUAUGGUGAUUGGCCUAGUUCAUAAGAUUCAUAUUCUCACGAUUCAUAUUCUCACUAUUCAAAUUCUUAUGAUUCUUAUAAUGGGAAUCGUAAUUUGGAUUAUAUUGAAGGAAAUUAUGAAGAAUAUUCGGAGCUUCGUAAAGAGGGGCUUGAUUCUAUCUCUAACUCUAACUAAGAAAUGAAAAAUAAUAACAUCUAAGAUAAGAGAAAACUUGGAGUUGAUGUCUUGAACACUAGUCCAAUGUUAUCGACUACAGAUAUUUCCAGUUUCUUUUCAUUUGACAAAGAUUUAAGGUCUACCUUAGUUGAAUUAGAUACUUCACUCAUUGUAAGUUCUCCUAAUAAAACAACUUGUAAUCUAAGAGGGGCAAAUGACUUAAAAUAUGUACCUAAUUCUCCUGAUAAUCGAGAUUUUAGCUGCUAUAGUGAACUUGAAAAUUGUAAUGUUAGUUUGGGUUACUACUAGUUUGGAAAUUAGGUGAAAGAGUUAUAGUCACCUUAAAAUUAGACAAUUUAUUACAAAGUGUUUGACCCAGCAAAGAAUUUUUCUCUACCUGUCCAUAAUUACACUCCUAGUUGGUGCAAACAGUAUUCGUAAAUUCCACAAGUAUCAGCUACUCUUCCAAGUAUCGGGAAUUCAGCGAAUAGAUUCAUCCCGGAGAUCUCAUUUUUCCCCUUAUAGAAUUUAAUGCUAGUAAAAUGUGAUGAUAAUUCUCUUGCUGAUCAUUAUGAAUUCUAUUUUAACUCAUCUAUUUCAUAUGGAGGUUAUUUUUACCAAUUAUCAACUUAUUAUGUAGAUGUUAUCAUUUCCUAAUACAUCAAAUUUUAAGAUGGAUAUGAUAGCCCUCCUUUUUUUAUUAAUUUGCCAAUAAUGACCUUGAUUUAAGUUGGUGAUACUGAGAUCUAUUAGCUUCCUGCAAUUUUUGAUAUUUAAAAUGACUUGUAUGAUAUAAAAAUAAACCUUGGAAAAGCCUCAAUUUUUACUACUAUUAAAAAUCAGACAAAUCUUGCAAUUAGUCCAAGUAUUUUUGAUAGAGGUUAAUAUGAUGUAAAGGUCAAACUUAUUCAAAGAAAUUAGUAAUCAUUGUUCAAUAGCUAUUCUUUCAAAAUCUCGGUAUACUCAGAUUAAGAUGACCCGAAUUAUCUUGAGCAAUAGGAAAAUAAAUUAGACAAUUAUGAUAGAAUAAAAAGAUAAAUUAAAGAUUAAUCUUUAAAGGCUAGAGUGCUCAAAGUAAAUCAAAUUGGAGAAGUUGUAAUAUUAUUUGAUAAAAUUAUGGCUAUUCCUUAUAACUAUACUUAAGUGAUGAAUGAGAGCUUAAGUAUAAAAUUGGUAUAAGACAAUAUUAUAACUAUUGUCGACUAUAACAUCACAAAAUUCAAAGGCUAAAUGCUAUAACUCAAACUCUACUUCAGAUUGGAUCAAUUGAGAAUUAUUUUUAAAGAAAAUAAGUACUAUAUCGAUAGUAAAAGUUGGACUAUAAUCAAACAAAAUUAUGAGAUUGCAAGCAUUAUACCUCCGUAAAUAGACGCUGAAAUCUAUUAUAUCUUCUCAACUAUUCAAGGUGCUACUAAAAAUUCAAUAUUGGCUAUCUUUGGAUCAAACAUGGCAAUCAAUUUAUUCAUGUAUUAUACUUUAAUUAUCUUAUCUAAACAGGAAAUGUGGCCUUUCGUUUGUGUGGGGAAUGAUAGAUGA